UUAACAAAUACUAGCAUAAAUGUUUUUUGUUGUUGUUUGUUUAGUUUUUUUUGUCACUAAUACAGUGAAUCUCGACAUGAGACUAAGGUUUAAAAACUAUCUUGACAGACACUCAUUAAUGAAUUUAUGAAAAUCGUUUGCAGUCAUUGAAUUUCCCGCUGCGAUGCGCGUGUGAGGCGGGAGGCUGUUUGCUGGAGUAACUAACCGGAGAGUCGAAGUCGAUGCUAAUCAUGCAAGUUACAGAUAUUGGGUCCAGAGAAGAUGGGAAAAUAUGGCACAGAAAAUCAGUAUCAUCAAAAUAUGGCGUCUUGGCCACUGUGACACGAAACGCGUCUGCUCGUCAAACCAAGACGGUUCGAUUCCUGCAAGUGGCUUUUGACACCACAGGAGAGUCGUUUCUUGCUGGUGAUCAUCAUGGCAAUAUUUAUGUGUUUGACAUUAGCAGAAACAGAUUUAAGCUGGUCCAGAAAACAGGCCAAGCAUGCACUGCUUUAGCGUUCAACUUGAGAAGAACCACAGAGUUCCUGGUUGCUCUGGCUGAUUAUUCCAUUAAGUGCUUUGACAAAGACACCAGACAGCCAGUGAGCUGGAUGCGGGGUCACGAAGGUGCCAUUUCUUCCCUGUCCAUCCACAGUUCAGGCAGCUACGCCAUCAGCACUUCCUCAGACACUGCUCAGCUCUGGAACCUUGACACCUUUCAGAGAAAGAGGAAGCUUAAUGUUCGUCAAUCAGUUGGCAUACAAAAGGUGUUCUUUCUCCCACACAGCAACACCAUUCUCAGCUGCUUUAGUGACGACUCCAUUUUUGCUUGGGAGAGCGACACUCUUUUUUGCAAGUAUCAGCUGCCUGUUCCACAGGAUGGGCCCAGAAUAUACUACAGGGCAUUUGCUGUUACGCAAGAUGGGAAAACACUUGCUGCGGCUGGACGCUCCAACUUAGUCCAUUUGUGGUGUCUGGACAGUCGACAGCUCUUGAGAGUAAUACAAAUGCCUCCAAAAGUCAAGACAGUAAGAUUUGUGGAUUUCCUGCCAGAUAGUUUUGAUGGCGGAUCCAACCAGAUUCUGGGUGUUUUAAGCCAAGAUGACGUCUUGCGCUUUAUCAACAUACAGUCAUGCAAGCAGUUCUUUGAAAUAGGGUCCCAUGAGGACGCCAUCACAUUGGCAGCCAUUUGUCCUAAAGGCCACCAUAUUGUUGCUGUGAUGGACAGUGGUGCUCUCAGAAUAUAUGAUGUACGAAGCCUUACCCCAGAAAUCAGUAAGCCUCCCCAGCCUUUGUUGAAACAGGUCACUAAAGGCAAAAGCAGUGAGGGAUCGUGUUUGAAAAUGAAGGUUUAUGCUGGGGCAGGUCAGCAUGUGAAAACAUCAGGACGCAGAAUCCAAUCCAAAGUUUUACCAUCUGCUGUUUCCACACUGGAUGACAAAGAGAAUGAUUUGCCUAAUGGCCUUAACAAGAAAAGACUACAAGUGCUACUAAGAGCAUUUGGAGAAUACCCAGCCAAAUACAGGAUGUUUAUUUGGCGUUCUCUAUUGCAUCUACCUGAGAACCAUGCAGCUUUCAGCAGUCUGACUGACAAAGGCCUGCACUCAGCGUACGUGUGCCUUCAGGAGCACUACCCCAUCAAAAGCCACAAACUACAGAGAGGCCUACAGAGAGUGCUGUCUGCUCUUGCUCAUUGGGCUGCUGUCUUUGGCGAGACUGAUUAUCUUCCUCUGCUGGCUUUCCCAUUUGUCAAGCUGUUCCAGAACAAUCCACUGAUCUGCUUUGAAGUAGUGGCCACUGUCAUUGUGAACUGGUGCCAGCACUGGUUUGAGUACUUUCCCAACCCUCCGCUUAAUGUGCUGAGUCUGGCUGAGAAUGUGCUGGCCCAUCAUGAUAAAGAGCUGCUUCAGCAUUUUGUUGCCUGUGGUGUUACCUCACAGAUGUAUGCAUGGCCUCUUCUUGAGACCCUGUUCUCUGAGGUUCUGAUGACAGAAGAGUGGCUGAAACUGUUUGACAAUGUUUUCUCAAACCACCCCUCAUUUCUUCUAAUGGCUGUGGUGGCAUAUGUCACCUGCUGCAGAGCACCGCUACUGCUUUGUACUGACAAGAAGGACUUUGAGUACUUUUUCCAUCAUCAGAAUAGCUUGGACAUCAGUGCUAUGCUGAAGGAAACCUAUCGGUUGAUGGACAGCACCCCUGCGGACAUCCAACCCAGCUCUGUGCUGAGUGACUUUGAACCUCUGACACAGGGGCAGUACCCCAUUUUCAACAAAUACCCCACCUUCAUAGUGGAGUACCAGUCCCAAGAACGUGAGAGGAUCCGGCAACAAGAAGUGGAAUAUCUAAGGGAAAGACAAGAGGUUCAGGAGCUGCACGCUGAAGCAGUCAGACAGCAGGCUGAGUUUGAGGCCUGGUACAAACAGCAGGAGUUGCUACUGCAAGGAGAAGAGCAACGCAGAAGGAUCCUACAGGAAGAGGAGAGUAAACUUGCACAACAGCGAGCCAGAUUAGCUGCUAUGAAGCGCGAGCUGAAGGUGAAGGAGCUCAGUCUGGUUGAUUCUUCUAGAAGACGUUUUCUUAAGCACCAGCAAGAUCAGCGCAGAAUACAGCUCAAGAGACUUGAUGACGAAAUCCAGAGAAAGAUGGCGCUGCGAGAUCAGGAGACGGUGGCUACCGUUCAAGAUAUAGAAGUAAGACAGAUGGAACUGGAUGCCCAGAGACAACUGUUUGAACAGCAACUGGCCAAAGAGCAAGAGAGAGUGAGUCAAACGGUGAGAGCAGAAGUGGAUACGAGGAGAUGCAGGGCUGAGAUCAUAGAUUCUACAUUUCAAAACCUCAUUCAGACAGAUGCAGAUAUCAGCCAGAAAAACAAGAAGAUGCUGGAAGAGUCUCUGGCAGAGGUGGGACAGAUGGAAGUGGAUGCUGAUUGGCAAGCCGAGGUGAACAAGCGACUGGAAAAAGCAGAGGAGAGGCAGGAGAAGCAAAGAGAGCGACUUGUGAACUUCAGCAAACAAACACAUGCUAAAGAGGAAAAAGUAGUCCAGCUAAUGCUGGAAGUAGAGGGAAAGCAGUGGGAUGAUGUAGUAGCUAAACAAGCUAAACUGGAGGAGGAAAGACGGGUGGCCACCACUGUUAACGCCCAGCAGAGGUCACUUAUCUCUCAGGAAACAGAAGAGACUGAGAAACAUCAUGGCAAGCUGCGAAAGAGUCUAGAGGGUUCAUUAAAUCAGCAGAUGGAAAAGAGACUCCGAUCUCCCUGCUCGUCUAGAGGCCUGCUGCACAAGACCCAGAGUGAGACCACCAACAUUUCCUUGAUCAGUCAGUCAGACGAUUCUAUUGGCUUUUCUUUAGAUCGUGGCCGAGGGGAGCUUGACUCUAAGGAAAGGGGGUUGAUGCAGGAAAUCAGAGAACUGAGGAUGAAAUUAGCUGCCAGAGCGACUGACUUCAUCUCACCCUCAACCAGCUCUGUACACUCCCACUGACCACACAGUCACCACCAAUACUCCACCAGUGUGUGUGGAACCAGGCACACGUUAAAGAGGAUCUGAAAGAAAAUGUUUUUAGAUCAUAUGAGAUGCCUGCUCAGUUUAUAUUUGCUUUACAAUGACGCUAAUCCCGAUUGGACAGAUUUGUUCAUUGAUUUCAGAUUAAUUCUGAUGA